AUGCCGUCGACCCAGAACAAGGACAAGCCGUGGGACACGGAUGACAUUGACAAGUGGAAGGAGGAUGCCUUCAAGCCCGAGGACAACAAGGCGGGCAGCUUUCUCGAGGAGUCGUCGUUUGCCGUCCUCUUCCCCAAGUACCGCGAAGUGUACCUGCGGGAGGCCUGGGCGGGCAUCACGCGAGCACUGCAGGCGCGCGGCAUUGCCUGCGAACUCGACUUGGUCACGGGUACCAUGACGGUCAAGACCACCCGCCGCACCUACGACCCGGCGGCGAUCCUGAAUGCGCGCGACCUGAUCCGCCUGCUGUCGCGGUCUGUACCCGCGCCCCAGGCGCUGCGCAUCCUCGAGGACGGCGUGGCGGCCGACAUUAUCAAAAUCCGCAGCCUCGUGCGCAACAAGGAGCGGUUCGUGAAGCGGCGGCAGCGGAUCCUGGGCCCGCACGGCUCGACGCUCAAGGCGCUCGAGAUCUUGACGGAAACCUACAUUCUGGUGCAGGGCGGCACGGUGUCCGUCAUGGGGCCCUACAAGGGCCUCAAGGAGGUGCGGCGCGUGGUGGAAGACUGCAUGAACAACAUCCACCCCAUCUACAUGAUCAAGGAGCUCAUGAUCAAGCGCGAGCUGGCCAAGGACCCCGCACUGGCCAACGAGAGCUGGGACCGGUUCCUGCCCAACUUCAAGAAGCGCGUGCUGAGCAAGCGGCGCGUGCCGCACCACGUCACGGACAAGGCCAAGAAGACGUACACGGCGUUCCCGCCGGCGCCGGAGAAGAGCAAGGUGGACCUGCAGAUCGAGUCGGGCGAGUACUUCCUCAGCAAGCAGGCCAAGCAGCGGGCGGCGGAGACGGAGCGGCAAGAGCAGGCGCAGGAGCGGAAAAAGGAGAAGAAGCGCGAGCGCGAGCGCGACUUUGUGCCACCAGAGGAGGGCGACGAGAAGCGGAAGAAGAAGAAGCGGAAGACCAAGGAGGUCGAGCCGGCCGACGAGGAUUGA